GGAGAGGCUUUUUGGGGGGCUCCAGAGCGGGCAGCUCGCCCCCCAGGCACCGUGGUGGCCGCAGGGGGUUUUGGUGGGGUCUGAGCCGUCCCACACGAGGGUUCCCGAGAGGGGGAGAGCCGGGAGAGCCGGCGCUCCAUGUGCUCUCCCUGCUCGAGCCCUCGCUCCGCGUUGUCCGGGGUUUGUUGCUGUGUUGUUGCUCGGAUCUCAGCGUCCCUCAGUGUCUCAUCAUUCCUUCAAAAUGGAAACUCGGGGCUCCAGCUCCGCUUCCCAGGCCAGGAGUCCUGGCUGAGAGGAAUUCCCUCAGGAGGAAUUCCUGUGCUCCGGGGAUGCCCCUGCUGCUGUGUCUUGAUGAAUUUGUCUUCCCAAAUACACCUUUUAUCCUCAAACCCCUCGGGGACAGCAACGCUCUCCCCAUUUCCCCAUUAAUGAUCCUGGUGGGAUUUCAUCAGGCUUGGUGAUCUUGGAGGGCUUUUCCAACCUUAAUGAUCCUGGUUCUGUUUUGGAGUUGUAGAAAACUGAGGCACAAAGUAGAUUUCUCCAGGAUUUCACAGGUGGUGUCUGGGGGAGCAGCACCAUGAAUCCAGGGCUCUGAAAUUCUGACUUUCUGGCAGUUAAACAUCUUUUCUCUCCUCUUUAGUCACCAGUCCUUUUUUUCCCCUCAUCAGGGAUAUUUUGGGACUCAUCACGACUCCCAGAAGUUCUAACUGCAGACAGUGACAUAACAGCUCUUGGGUUUUCAGAUUAAAUGACAUAUGCAAGGGAAAAGGAGAAAAUCAAAUGGCAUUUUCUCUCUCAUGUAAUUCCCACACACCCGAAAGUGGCUGUGAAAUGUUUCUGGAAACAGUUGUAGAUUUCUUAAUUGAAAAAAAAAUAAAAAUCUGUAGCUGGUUUAUUCCAGGAAAUGAUAAGAUUGUUAGAUUAUCUUUCAUGCUUUCUUUUUAAUUAUUAAUUCAAGAGUGGGGUAGAGGUUGGGGAAGAUCUGCUGGAUCUUUGCUGCUGGAUUUUUUUUGGGGGUUUCUUCUCAAAUUUCCCUAUUCCCCACAAACCAGGAAGGAUGUGGAGUGAACAUGUGUGGAUAUCUACCAAGUUUAUUUCCAGGGCAACUUGAAUUUUCCAACCCACGUACUUUAUAAGCUGCUUUUUUUGCCAUUUUAAGGCUGUUUGUGUUUGGGGAAUUGAAAUGCCAGAGUUCAACAGGAAGAAUUCCUGGUUUUUGAUGGGAAGUUGCCUUGUGGCCUUUGGCUCUGCUGACAGAUACAGGCCUGAGCUGCCACAGGGAGGGGAUUUUGGAAUCCUGAGCUGGGUUUUGCUGCUCAUCAGACACUGAAAUUGAUAAUUGUGACUGCAAGGCAGCUCCUGGCUGGGGUCACAGGGAAGUUGGCAUUGUUCUCCUGGGAGCACACUGCUCUCUCCAGUAAUCCCAGGAUUCUUCCAUGCUCUAAAAAUGUGAUUUUUAAAAGAUCCAGUGGAUGUGGGGAGGAUUCUGGAGAGGUUUUCCCAUCCAGAAAUCCAGGAUUGGUGGCCCCAGUUCACCUCAGCCUCACCUAACUCGAUUUUCUUCCUGUGCCUUGCACUGGCACCAUUUGGGAUGAAGUUUUCCAUGUUCCUCUGGGAAUUCCGGGUGCCUCAGGCUCUGAAGGAGUUCAUCAGCUCUUCCACAAGUGAGGCCUCUUGCUUUACAUCUUUGAGGUCACUUGAGCUGUCCUGAGGAUGCUCAGCAUGUGUCCGAGUGCUUUUUGAGUCGUUUGCUGGCUGUGCUGGUGGCUGUGCCCUUCAGGUGAUGUUUCAGUGGGUGAUCUCUGCGUUCGUGUUGCUCACACAAGAAAUGGGACCCAAACCCAGGCGCCAGCAGCGGGUUUGGACAGGUUCGGGGUCUUUCUUUGAGGGGAAAUUUUGAAUAUCUUACCUUGUAGCUAUAAAGUAACAACUAAACCUUUGCCUUCUAUAACUAUGAGAACAUCUUUUAAUUUUUUAUCCCCCAGAACAUGGUGAUGAGUUUCCGAGUCUCAGAUCUUCAGAUGUUGCUGGGUUUUGUUGGCAGGAGUAAAAGCGGACUAAAACACGAACUAGUGACCCGAGCUUUGCAGCUGGUCCAGUUUGACUGCAGCCCCGAGGUGUUCAAGAAGAUCAAGGAGCUCUACGAGACUCGCUACAACAAGAAGGGCUCGGAGGUGCCGGCGGCGCCGGCGCGCGCCGAGGGCCUGGCCCUGCACUCGCCGUCCCUGGAGCGCGGCAGCGCCGUGCCCCGCGCCCUGCCCGCCGCCAGCCUCGACUACCCUGCCCUCUAUGGCAAAUACCUGAACGGACUGGGCAGGCUGCCCCCCAAGGUGGCCAAGCCCGAGGUGCGCUUGGUCAAGCUGCCCUUUUACACCACGCUGGACGAGCUGUUGAAGCCCACGGAGUUAGUUCCACAGAAUAAUGAGAAGCUCCAGGAAAGUCCAUGCAUUUUUGCAUUAACACCAAGACAAGUGGAGCUGAUCAGAAAUUCCAGGGAGUUGCAGCCCGGUGUGAAAUCGGUUCAGGUGGUGCUCAGAAUCUGCUACACAGACACCAGCUCCCCUCAGGAGGAUCAGUACCCUCCCAACAUCGCCGUCAAGGUGAACCACAGCUACUGCUCCGUGCCGGGCUACUACCCCUCAAACAAACCCGGGGUGGAACCCAAGAGGCCCUGCAGGCCCAUCAACCUCACCCACCUCAUGUACCUGUCCGCGGCCACCAACCGCAUCACGGUCACCUGGGGCAACUACGGCAAGAGCUACUCGGUGGGGCUGUACCUGGUGCGGCAGAUGACCUCAGCAGAGCUGCUGCAGAGGUUGAAAACCAUCGGCAUCAAACACCCGGAGCUCUGCAAAGCGCUGGUGAAAGAGAAGCUACGCCUGGACCCUGACAGUGAAAUCGCCACCACCGGGGUGCGAGUGUCCCUCAUCUGUCCGCUGGUGAAGAUGCGCCUGUCGGUGCCGUGCCGGGCCGAGACCUGUGCACACCUGCAGUGCUUUGAUGCCGUCUUCUACCUACAGAUGAAUGAGAAAAAGCCCACAUGGAUGUGCCCCGUGUGUGACAAACCUGCCCCCUACGACCAGCUCAUCAUUGAUGGGCUCCUGUCCAAGAUCCUGACAGAGUGUGAAGAUGCAGAUGAGAUCGAGUACCUGGUGGAUGGCUCCUGGUGCCCCAUCCGAGCCGAGAAGGAGCGGAGCUGCAGCCCUCAGUGUCCAAUCCUGGUUCUAGGCUCCUCGGACGUGAACGGGCUCCUGGCCCCUGCCAACGGCACCGGCGAGAACGGCAAAGCCCCGGCGGACGUUGUGGAUUUAACACUGGACAGCUCAUCCUCCGAGGAGGACGAGGAGGAGGAUGAGGAGGAGGAUGAUGAUGAUGAGGGACCCCAGCCCAAACGACGCUGCUCUUACGAGAAAGGUUUAGUCUCUGCCUGCUGACUGCAGCUCGCAAUUCCCGACGGACAGACUUGAAUACUCUGGUGCUUAUUAAACUGGAGGAGGGGGAGAACGUCCUCUCCCACCUCAUCUCCCUCCCUCCCUCAUCUCCCGUGACUUUCCUAUUCCAAAUUACUCAUUAAAACGAGAGAAAAAAAAGAAAAGAAAAAAAAAACCACAAAACGACAUAAACAAAACAAAAAAAAAA